AUAGGGAACUGCCGCCCGCUCGCUCAGCUCAACGAAGUUUCGAACGUGAUAAUUCGAAUUUCAAUUUGGUAUAGAAAACAAAAAUAUUCGAACUGAACUCGUACUGGUUGUUAAUAUUGUUUUUUUUUUUAUUAACUUCCAAAAGUGUGACUGUGUUGUUUUCUACUUUUUUUUUCUUAUUAUCUGUGUUGAUUUUUUUUUUAAAGUUGCUGCGAAGGAAAUUGUGUUAGUGCGGUUUGAAGGGAAAACGUUUUUAAUUUUUGGCGGCAGUAAUUAUCCGGGGCAAGAGCCCCUAAUGGGGGCCUGAUGGCUUCUUGACAUUCUUCAUUGAAAUGUAGUUCAUCCAGUCAUCGAGUAAUGUAUAAUGUACAAAACCCGCCGGGGUCUAGUCCGGCUUAAUGCCUGUUGGCUAUAUUUAACAUAGGUACCCGAGAAAUGAAAUAACAUAAACCAAGAUGGACUCCACAGAGGACGACUUCUACAACAUCUGCCUCAAUUUGACCAGCGAGGAGGCUAGUUUGGGGGGGUGCAAUUAUAGUAGUGAAUACGAAAAUGGGGAAUUACUAGAGAAAGUCGUAUCGCGCGUUGUGCCAAUUUUCUUCGGGUUUAUUGGCAUUGUAGGAUUAGUGGGAAAUGCAUUAGUGGUUCUAGUGGUAGCUGCCAACCCUGGCAUGAGAUCGACCACUAAUCUCCUAAUAAUAAAUUUAGCAGUCGCCGAUUUACUUUUCGUUAUAUUCUGCGUUCCGUUCACAGCCACAGAUUAUGUAAUGCCAAGAUGGCCGUUCGGAGAUUGGUGGUGUAAAGUUGUACAAUAUUUCAUAGUUGUGACUGCGCACGCGUCAGUUUAUACUUUAGUAUUGAUGUCUCUAGAUAGAUUCAUGGCUGUAGUCCACCCCAUAGCGUCAAUGUCUAUAAGAACUGAAAGGAAUGCGUUGUUGGCUAUAGCUUGUAUAUGGGUCGUGAUAUUGACGACAGCGAUUCCUGUGGGAAUAUGUCACGGCGAGAGGGAGUACGCGUACUACCACAGGAAUCACUCAUCGUGUGUGUUUUUAGAGGAGCAGGGUUAUAGCAAGUUAGGGUUUCAAAUGUCCUUUUUUUUGUCAUCGUACGUGAUUCCUUUGGCGCUGAUCAGCGUGCUGUACAUGUGUAUGUUGACGAGGCUGUGGAAGAGCGCCCCUGGGGGCAGGGUGUCGGCAGAGAGCAGGAGGGGGAGGAAGAAAGUCACAAGGAUGGUGGUGGUCGUCGUCGUGGUGUUCGCUGUGUGCUGGUGUCCUAUACAGAUAAUUCUUCUGGUGAAGGCGCUGGACAAAUAUAACAUCACGUACGCGACGGUGACUGCACAAAUAGUCUCGCAUGUGCUGGCCUACAUGAACAGCUGCGUCAACCCAGUGCUAUAUGCCUUCCUGUCUGAAAACUUCAGAGUUGCAUUUAGGAAGGUAAUGUACUGCCCCCCACCAUACACCGAUGGCAUGUCAGGCCGACCUCAGCCCACCAAGACCACCAGAACUGGCAAUGGGAACUCCUGCCACGAUAUAGUCUGAGAAUCGGUUCGCAGUCGUUCGCGUUUCCACUCUAUAGACCAAGCGACUAUUGUAUAGAGUGUGGCUGCGCACCGCGAAUGACUGUCUAUCUCAUUAUUAAUAUUGUUUUUUGAUCUAUACGAUCUUAUUAUAAAUGUGAACACAGUGCACGAAUAUAUUUUCACAGCAAAAAUAUUUCAUCCUUUGUUAGAAUUUUUGUUGAGCUUUCAGUGAGCACUCAAAUAAAUUGAGCAACUGUUGUAUAGAGUAUGACUGUGUAAACGCGAAUGAUUGUAUUUUUACGAUAUUUAUAGUCUUUUCAUUCAUGAUAGUAUUUUUGUGAGAGAAAAAUAAGCGAGACCGAUUUGUAUAGACGGUAGCAAGUGUACGUACGUAUGAAAUUGUAAAUUGUAGAUUUAAUAGAUUAUUUUUUGUAAUAUUUAAGGUUUUUUAAUUACAUUGUCUAUGAUAUGUAACAUUGUAUCAUAUAAUUUAGAUGAGUAAUAAAAAAAUAUACAUUUGUAUAAUCUAGUCAUGAUGAAGUAAUUUGAGUAAAUAUUUGCACAUUUUAAGAUUUUAUUU